AUGGCCACUCAAUUCCCUACCAAGCGUUGUGGUGUACUUGGAUGCACUGGCUCCGUGGGCCAAAGAUUCAUCCUUCUCCUUGCCCAACAUCCAUCUUUCAAACUCCACGCCGUGGGAGCUUCUUCGCGAUCCGCAGGCAAAAAAUACAAAGAUGCCGUCAAAUGGAAGCAAGCCUUUCCAAUGACUGCUGAGAUUGGCGAUCUAAUUGUUAAGGAAUGUAAAGCAAGCGAAUUUGCGGAUUGUGAUAUCGUGUUUAGUGGAUUGGAUGCUGAGGUUGCGGGGGAUAUUGAGAUGGAAUUCAUGAAGGCUGAAUUAGCCGUCUUCUCCAAUGCCAAAAACUACCGCCGCGAUCCAAUUGUUCCCCUCAUCGUCCCCACAGUCAAUCUCCCCCAUUUCGACCUCAUCCCUCACCAGCGCCGCGCCCACUCAUUAAAUAAAGGCUUCCUCGUCUGUAACUCCAACUGUGCUGUCAUCGGUAUAGUCAUUCCCUUCGCCGCCAUCCAAAAAGCUUUCGGUGAAAUAGACCAAGUGAGCGUCGUGACAAUGCAAGCCGUUAGCGGUGCCGGCUAUCCAGGUGUAAGCAGCAUGGAUAUUAUCGACAACGUCGUCCCAUUUAUAUCCGGCGAAGAAGAUAAAUUAGAAACAGAGGCACAGAAGAUUCUCGGAAAGGUCAAUCCGGAAAUUACUGGGUUUGAGGAUCAAUCCGACUUGAAGAUUUCAGCUGCUUGUAAUAGAGUCGCGGUUCUAGAUGGGCAUAUGGCAUGUAUAUCUCUCCGCUUCAAGAAUCGUGAUGGUCCAAAACCUACCGCAGAAGAAGUCAAAAGGGCGAUGAGAGAAUAUGUAAGUGAGGCUCAGACAUUAGGAUGCCCAUCAGCGCCAGAGCCCGCGAUUGCGGUUAUGGAAGAGCCAGAUAGACCACAGCCAAGACUGGAUCGUAAUACACAAAAUGGGUAUACGGUGAGUGUUGGAAGAGUCAGGGAAGAUGAUAGCGGGAUAUUUGAUCUCAAAUUUGUGGCAUUGAGUCAUAACACGGUAAUUGGAGCAGCUGGUUCUUCGAUAUUGAAUGCUGAGGCGGCGGUUCUUAAGGGUUAUAUCUAA